AUGGACGAGGAAAAAAGGAAGCAGAUUUUCGAAUUACUGGACCACGGUUGUACACGGCAAGAGAUUGUGGAUCGUGUCGGUAUUAGUCGUACCACAUUGGGACGGUUUCUGUUGAAGGAAGGAAGACAGCAGAAGAAGCGGCUAACCGACGAGGAGAAAGAAGAAAUUCUUCAGUUAGACCGUGAGAAACAAUGCUCGCGGAGGGAGAUUGCCAAGCGGCUGCAAAUCAAUUUGGCAACCGUGUACAGCAUUCUCCGCGCUGCCAAUCAGGUUAAGCACGACUCAGAUGCCAGGAAGCCGGUGGUCAGUGAUGAACAGAGGAAACUGAUCCUCCAAUUAUUCGAGCAAGGAUGCCAGCGAACGGAUAUCAUGCGCGAGGCCAAAGUGGGCGAUAUGAGGGUCGACAUCGUGGUUCGGCAAUCUGGCAGGAGCUUUGCAAGGCGGGAUAACUUGCCUCUUACUUUGAAGCAAAAAAACGAAGCCUUGCAUUUGUUCGACGAAGGUCACAGUUCUACCGAUAUCAUGCGCCAGUUCAAUCUAACCUACUACCAAUACACGACGCUACUGGAGCAGUAUGGCAAAACGCGGGACCCCAACCAUUACAAGCACAAUUAUUUGCGGGAAACAGUACUGAAGUUACGGGAAGAGGGUUGCACGUAUACGAUGCUUAGAAAGCGGACCAAUUCCAGUACGUGGGUGAUACAAAAGAUAUUGAAUGAUGCGGCUCAGGAAGUCGACACGCAUCAGAAUCAAAGGCAGACAGUUUAUGGCAAAUCAUCCCCAUCAGGCAACAAAAAAAGAGCAAUUCGGGAGGAGUCGUUGACAGAGUCCACUGAUUUCAGCGCCAUUGAAGCUACUGCAUUUAGCGCCCAGGAAAGUUACAACGAUGUCAGUGUGGAUCGCUCUCACCCGACGAUGGAUUCUUCAAACAGAGAAAUUGUUCUCACACUUGUGUUCGAUCACGUUUUGACGGAUUUUGCUGGACAGGGCAGAUUUAGCCUGGAGCUGCUGAAAAAGCUGAAUAACGUUCGAAUGAGAAAGGAUCUUAUACUUGGCGUGCAUCCACAUGGUAUAAAUAUCGCAGACGUUAAGGGAUUCGCACUAAAAGAACUGCAAAUGGCGGAUUCGCUUGUCGAGAUGAUAGUAGUGUUGAGGACGAAUGUCCUUUUGGACACGGAUUGCAUCUCGGACUUAAUAGAUCGGGGUGAUCUGAAAAAGGUGGGGACCUGCUGUAGCCUGGACUACAUUUUUCUGCCUGCCGAAAUUUCGUUGCCCAGCGCCAUAGAUAAGCAAAACUUUUUCAGUUACCUUAUGGAACUGGCAGAAGCCGGAGGUCACUCUCGCAGUCCGGAGUGCAGUCCUAUUGUGGACAUCCCAUCGGGCAUCAGUAUUUCAGACAGCAGCGCGGUGGAACCGCAGCCGCCAGUGCGUAAACUGCCGCGUUUAGCUAAAGAGUUCCUUUUCGCCGAGGAAUUCGAGCACCUCUCAUACCGCGAAGCGACUGUGGACUGCGGCGCACUUGAAUUUGCUGAAUACGCUGUUUGUUUGCAGAAAGAUACCAAGUUUUUGGUGAAAAAUGAUUGGGAGUUGAAAGGACGCCAGCUGAGUCCUUACUUUCCAUCCAUGGAUCAGAGCUUCCGCGACAAAGGCGAGCCGGAAUACGUUGAAGCCGUCGCAGCUAAUCCCGCGCUGAUCACCACCUUGCUGGAAUCCAUUGAGAAUGGGCAAGCCUACGACCGCAAUAAGGAGGUUCCCAAAAAGCCUGUCCGCAAUAAAGUCCCGAAAUUCCGCCGUAACCCCAUCAACCCGCGUCUGCUCGACUAUGAACAGCCGGCGUCGGCCAAACUGAAGAAUUACCGCUGUAUUGUACCGUUCUGCAAGAAUACCGCGCGCAACACCGCCUACACCAAGGUGCGCUUCAUCAUGCUGCCGCGAACCAACCCGGCGGCGCGCCGCGGCUACAUGGACGUCAUAGGGGUGCCCUAUACCGCGGCACGGAAUAUCUUCAUCUGCUCUAAGCACUUCCCGCCCGAGGAGGUGGAUUUGAAGGCCAAGUAUGUCGUCAAGACCGGAACGCUGCCGUCGCUCUUUUUGACGCAGGAGGAAUUCGAUAAGGAAGCGGCUGACCGCGAAGCGGACGGUGCUCCGGAAAACGAUGUCGAAGAGAUCACCACCUUCAUGGAUGAACAGCCGCCGUCGGCCUGGCACACGCGCAAGAACUUCCGCUGCAUCGUCCCGUCGUGUCAUAACCGGGUGCGCAGUGUCGACUGGUCCAAAAUCCGCUUCUCCGAGAUUCCCAUGAAGGGUCCUAAACGACGCAAGUAUCUGGAGGACUGCGGAUUGCUGGAUAAAUUGCCGCAGGAAACACUGGACCGCCGGCAUAUGCUGAUCUGUACGAAGCACUUUGAGCCCAAACAGAUUGAUUUCUUCCGCAAACCCCAUGUCAAGGCCGGCGAAGUGCCGACCCUAUUCCUGGACAGCAGCGGGGAAAAUGGCGAUGAUGAGUACGUCUUGGCGAAAUUUUGUUAA